AUGCGUAAGAAUAAGGAGACCCCUAAGGACAACCCUCACAUCGAUCACGUGGCGGUUUUAAACCGACCGGGCCACGACGAGGCGCUGGCGAUGCUGCGUCACGUGGCACGGGCAGUUUCGUUAUUGAUGAGACAACGGCGGCUACAUAUAGGGACGCUAAGGGAGUUUUACCCUGGAGAUCGGCGGCUAUUGGGGUUGAAUGUGGGCCAUGGGAUAGAAGUAAGGCUGCGCUUACGACACGCAGGUGACGAGAUGAGGUUUUUAAGUGCUGAGGCUGUAUUGGAGACGUUGUUGCAUGAAUUAACACAUAAUUGGUUUGGCCCACAUGAUAGAAAGUUUUAUAAGAGAUUGGAUGAAUUGAUGGCCGAACAAUGGUAUAAUGAACAACAAGGGUUAUAUGAUACGUUUUUAGGGAGUGGCCAGCGUCUUGGUGGUGCCAUUGCUCAUGGGAAUGUACUACAAGGUACAGCACAAGCAUCACGGAGGCGUGGGCGUGGGCGUGGUAGGAAACUUGGUGGGAGAACAAGAGAUGUAGGGGAUCCACGGGAGAUGGCUGCCAAAGCAGCACAACGACGACUUGCCGACCAAGUCACGUGCGGUGCUCGUAUAGAAACAGCUGCGGAUGCACGGGCGGACCCUGGUUUAAUAGUGAUUGAUUUGUGUGGCGAAGAAGAGACUGCUGCAACCACGGAAGCCAAGCCACGACCGAAAGAGAUUAUAGAUCUAACGUUAGAUGAUUGA